GCAGAGAAGAGAUGACUGGAGAAGAGAGGAGAGGAGAGAUGACUGGAGAAGAGAGGAGAGGAGAGAUGACUAGAGAGCAGGGUGUGGAAAAGAUAUGACCGGAAAGCAGAUUAGUAUAUAGCAGGAGAGGAGAAGACAAGUGGAGAGGUUAAAACUAGAAGAGAGCAGAGCAGUUGCCCCAAGUGUACUUGUGUAAGAUGGACUUUACACCCUAAUUUACAGUCGAACAUCCAUUCAGCUGGUGCAACUGGCUGCUGAUCUCUGAUCCAAGUGGGCCUAGUACACAGACAUAUUUUGAUGCCAUCCAGCUGAAACUUUGCUAAGGCCACUGAACGAACAUCAGUAUGGAUCAACUGUUAUCAAAUGUUUUAUCGACAGGUGUUGUCUUUGUAUUUAACAGACCCAAAGGCAAUUUCUUCCCAGUGGUUCUUCCUACUCUUCAUAGGCCUGCCAGUCAGGUUAUCGUCUGCUUCUGACUUCAGUAUUACAACAGCACAACUCUAUGAGCCUGCUUCUCUUCCCUGCUACCACCAGUGCUCUGGGGAACUCAAGUGGCUGACUUCAAGAGAGCAGACUGUUGUAGCCACGUGUGACCAACACAACCGAUGCAGGGCUAAGGAAGGUUUUGAGAUGUCCUACGAGCAGUUCCGAAAGGGAAAUCUCAGCAUGACAGUCACUUCAGCUGAUCACAGUAAAAAAUGCUGGUACAUCGCUGCCUGCAACGGACAGAAAGUCUGCGACUGUAGCCUUUUAAUUCAGCCUGUUCAUUCUUCCAUCGUGUUCAUAAGUGGCCAGACUCUUUCCCUAGACCUUCACACCAUGCUUCCAUUAAAUGUGAAGUUUGAAGGAGAAGACAGUUCUGGGAAUUGCACGUUAAAUGGCCGGUAUUUGGAGUGCACAGCUAAAUACAAAGGUCGGGUCAACAUCAUUAAUAACCUCCUGGUGCUGACUGCUCUGACCCCAUCAGACACUGGAUUUUGUAUCGUGCGAGAACUUGAGACUGGAGACUUGGUGGCCAACAUCACAAUCACAGUCAUGGUGAAAAACAACAAGAAAUCGAAUGAGGACACACUUGUCUCACAGCUUGAGGUCAAGACAUUUGACAUCAUGCGUAUCUCCACAGCUGCUUUUAAUGAUGCAUUGAGGAGUGAGGCCUGGAGAGAAGGAUAUAAACAGGCGAUUAAGUCACUGUUACCUGCUGCCUUUUUGUUUGCCAUUUUGACUGGCUUUUUGCUUGCAGUGCUAGUGAAACGUGUUCGGUGUGAGUUCUGAACAGAAAGGGUCAUAUAGAUGAUUUGCAGUAUUUUGUAAAUAAGCAUGUGCAGACUGUGCAGCUGUAUCACUUUCCUUUGCAUCUAUGCUUACUGGACACUUUAUUAGCUUUACCUUUUCUUAUAAUUGCAGGUUUACUUAAACUGUUCUUGUAGAUAUAGGUUUAUUAGGUUUAACUGUUCUUCUAGAUAUAGGUUUAUUAGGUUUAACUGUUCUUGUAGAUAUAGGUUUAUUAGGUUUAACUGUUCUUAUAGAUAUAGGUUUAUUAGGUUUAACUGUUCUUAUAGAUAUAGGUUUAUUAGGUUUAACUGUUCUUAUAGAUAUAGGUUUAUUAGGUUUAACUGUUCUUCUAGAUAUAGGUUUAUUAGGUUUAACUGUUCUUCUAGAUAUAGGUUUAUUAGGUUUAACUGUUCUUGUAGAUAUAGGUUUAUUAGGUUUAACUGUUCUUCUAGAUAUAGGUUUAUUAGGUUUAACUGUUCUUGUAGAUAUAGGUUUAUUAGGUUUAACUGUUCUUCUAGAUAUAGGUUUAUUAGGUUUAACUGUUCUUCUAGAUAUAGGUUUAGUAAGUUUUACGUUUUCUUAUAGAUUUAGCAACUCUGAGCCCCAUAGAUAAACAAAAAAGCUCCUGUGGCCCACAAAAACAUUAAACUAUUCUGAUCAUUUAAAAUUUGAUCACCUUUAACACAAUAAACACAUAAACACUAAAAAAGAAAAUUCACUGAGAUACUGCACUCAGAGAGACGGUUGCCCAACGGUUACUGCGCCCUAUUUCACAGCCGCCCUCUAUUCUGUUCAUCACUGCCUCGGUUUUAGACCAAAUCAUUACUUUCUUCAUUCAAAACUUGUACUGCAUGUGCUUGAGCCUUAAAGACACAACUCCCAGAAUGCAGAACUUCAGUUAGUAGCAAAGAUACACAACACCCCAGCUCACCAAACUGCAAUGUUGGUGAGAUCUAACAUAUAAACAUAUGCACAUAUGCAGCUCGAAGUGGUUUUACAGUUCUUUACAAUUGUACAGUAUUUAUUUUUUAAUAAACAAUGUUUAAUUUA